UAUCCAGCCAAUGGCUCCCAGACGAUUCCCAUAAAAAAUCGUAAUCACGCCUCCGCAGUGCCUAUAAUGCAACCUCCACACAUCUCCGUUUCCACAUCCUACAUCCGAAGACGCAUAUGCAACACCAGCUUCAAUCAGUUAUCACUUCGGCGGCAAUUCCACCCUUCCCCGCCAAAUCGCAACAACCCCGCUUCUCCCUCACAAGAUGAGGUCGCCCGGGCGCGCGCAUAUUGUGCCAAUCUCCUAAAAACCUACGAUACACCGUCCCACGUCCUGCAAACAUUCAUUCCACCUUCCUCGCGCGAUGCUUAUCUUGCUAUACGGGCUUUCAAUGUCGACGUGGCGCGGGUGGCUGAUACAACAAGCACCCCCACAGUCGGCAUGAUGCGCAUGCAGUUCUGGCGCGACACCAUCACAAAAUCGCUUGCAGGAACUCCUCCAAAAGAGCCUGUCGCUAUUCUCCUGUCUAAAGCUGCCGAAGAUCUCCAUCAUCGAACCGAUGGGAGAUCGAAACUUAGCAAGAUCUGGUUCCAUCGCAUCAUCAACACGCGCGAACAGACUCUAGGGAACCCUCCGUACCCCGACCUCGCCGCUCUAGAAACAUAUUCCGAAAACACAUAUUCGACUUCGCUCUAUCUCACCCUCUCUGCCCUCCCGCAAACCUCCAUUACCACAGACCACAUUGCUUCUCAUAUUGGAAAAGCGAUGGGAAUCGCCGCUGUCCUCCGUGGCAUCCCAUUCAUUGCAUUCCCUCCACCGCAACCACUCGGCACAAGCGGUGGUAUCGCAGGGUCAGGCGGCUCAACUCAAGGUGCAGUUCUUCUUCCUCUCGAUGUUAUGGCAUCUUCUGGCGUGAAAGAGGAGGAUAUCUUUCGUUUAGGCGCCGAGGCACCAGGCCUGCGCGACGCCGUCUUCACAGUCGCUACGCGGGCAAAUGACCACCUCAUCACCGCUCGAGAAAUGUUGGCCAAACUGCGCACUGACGGGGAUCUUGGGCACGAUUUCGAACACGCCGCCGAUGCAGAACACCGAUACGACCACGACGAGAACAGCAGUGGAAAAGAGGGGAAACUUGCAGAGGUAGAGAGGGCAUUCGGCGUCUUCAUGCCAAGUAUCGCAACUCAAUCAUGGCUAGAUCGCUUGCAGGCCGUUGAUUUCGACCUCUUCGAUCAGAGACUGAGGAAAGUGGAUUGGAAACUACCUUGGAAGGCUUAUUGGGCUUUCAAUAGGAGGAACCUAUGA